GCGUAUCAAAUGGCGAGCUGGGUCGACUAAAGAAGCUCUACGAGGACGAAUACCAACACUUGAAGAUUUUACCCGAGGACCAAACAUGCCGUCUUUAUCGCUCGUAGUGGAGAGUCCACGAUCCUAUCGGAGGACGCAGGCUGACAAGAAAAAGCUAAUGGCUAGAGGAGCGAGUGUCUCUUGGCUCAGUGAACAGUUAAGAAAUCAAAAUUAUAUUCUGUUACUGGACUGUCGUCCCUUUGCCGAAUUCGCUCGUAGCCAUGUUCAAGGAGCUAUCAACCUGACUAUUCCUUCGCUAAUGUUGAGAAGGCUCAAAAAGGGGAAUAGUUUUUCUAUUACUUCGUUGAUAACAUCGGAAGAAGGAAAGGAACAGUUUAAUAAAAAUCUACCUCUUGCCAGUGGGAUUGUUCUGUACGAUUCGUCAACCAAGGAUAUUUCGUCUAUUGGACUCAACUCGGCUCUUGCAGUUGUCAUUCGAAAACUGGCCGAAGAUUGCUCUUCAUCGACAGUCCGUCUUUUAGAAGGUGGUUUUUCCAAAUUUCAAGAAAAAUGCCCAAGUUUUUGUGAGAGUGGUGAAGACUAUGGUCACCCUCUGUUAUCACUAACCGGUUUGACUUUACGCGAACCAAGUGAUCAACAACCUCAAGCAAGAACUCUCCCGUCCAAUGCUCCAACAACUCCGGACUCUAAAAAGAGAACUAAAGGCGAACUGGCUGAAAUUCUACCCAAGUUGUUUCUGGGAGGAGAAAAGGACGCCUCUAACUUGGAUCUGUUGAAGAAACACAAAAUAUCUUAUGUUUUAAAUGUCACCCAUGACCGUCCAAAUACCUUCGCACAUCUCGAGAACUUCACCUACAAGACCUUACCAGUAGAGGAUAAUUGUAAAGCGAAUCUCACUGACCUUUUUCCAGAAGCAUUCUCGUUUAUAGAUGAAGGAAGAGAGAAAGGCUCCGGUGUUUUGGUGCACUGUUUGGCUGGAGUCUCGCGAUCUGUUACCGUUACAAUCGCUUACUUAAUGUCGUCACAAAAUUUGACCUUGAACGAAGCGUACGAUUUCGUCAAAGCAAGAAAAUCAAAUGUAUCUCCGAACUUCAACUUCAUGGGCCAACUUCUAGAAUUUGAACGUUCAAUCAACUCUCCGCGAACCCCAAGUUCCACAACUAGUACUUUAUCACCAGCAAGUAGUCUUGAUGCGGACGAUAUCGAACUAAACUCCAGUGACACAAUAUAACAGAACAUUUCUGUAACCCUCCUAUAAUUGAAAUUACAUCGACGCCAAAUUGAAAAUUAUUAUAUAUAUAGAAAUAAGAAUACUAGAUCUAUAAUUUAUUAGCUAGCACUAUAGGAAUCAUUAAUAAUAUUUCAUAAUAUACAGUGGUUUUUGUUCACCACUGUUCAAACAUAAUUUUUGCUGCAUAUGCAGUGGCUUGUAACACAAUUUUUUGUGUUAACUUUAUAUAAUUAUAGCCUUUGAUCAGAUUCAUUCAGGCUCUUUUACCUACGAAGUUUUGUUGUCGUUCUCCUUCAUAUUCGGACUAUUUUCCUCUCUUGUGUUCACGAACAUCUUUAUACCUAUGUGUUUUUGAUAUACUUCUCCAAGAAAUUGCUUCGCAACACUAAGGCAUAUUUUUACACCUAUUCUAACGUUCUAUAUUUCAUAUUAAAGUUUACGAUAUCUUUACCCUCAAAA